CGAGCCAACAAUUCAGAACUGAGCUUCCUGCUUCUCCUGUCCCUGAAGCUGUGCUUCCUGUGCUCACUGGUCUUCAUUGGUCGUCCAUCAGUCUGGUCUUGUCGGUUCCAACAGGCAGCUUUUGGGAUCAGCUUUGUACUUUGUGUUUCCUGCCUGCUGGUCAAAACCGUAGUAGUUCUUGCUGUUUUCCGCUCAGCUCGGCCUGGUGCUGGAGCCUUGAUGAAGUGGUUUGGUCCAGGACAACAGAGAGGAAGCGUCUGCCUCUUUACAUCUAUACAGAUUAUCAUCUGUGUGACAUGGCUGUCCCUCAGCCCCCCUGUGCCACAACGUGAUCUAGGUUUCCAAGGGUCAACGGUCACCUUGGAGUGUGCCAUGGCCUCUGUGGUGGGCUUCUCUCUGGUUCUGGGUUACAUUGGUCUGCUGGCCUGCACCUGUCUCCUCCUGGCCUUUCUUGCUCGGAAACUCCCUGACAAAUUCAACGAGGCCAAACUGAUCACCUUCAGCAUGCUGAUAUUCUGUGCUGUCUGGGUGGCCUUUGUCCCUGCUUACAUUAGCUCUCCUGGGAAGUAUGUUGUUGCUGUGGAGAUUUUUGCAAUCCUGGCCUCUAGCUAUGGUUUACUGCUCUGCAUUUUUGCCCCCAAAUGUUUCAUCAUUCUCUUUAGGGCUGAGAAAAACACUAAGAAACACUUGAUGGCAAGGUAGUUUUUCUGGCUUGAACAUGAGCAUAUAACUUUGUCUGGUGGAGACAGUAGCCCCGGUAUCAUGCAACUGUUCAUGUAAUCAUUAUGUCAAUUCCUUUCAUAUAAAUAAUGCUUUGUGUUAAUGUGCUAGUAUGAAAUCAGCAAACCUCUUGCAGCUACACGUAAUUAUGGCUUUCGUUGGUAACUAAAUAUUGUUCAUACUGUUUAAACAUCCAUCAUCAACCAUUAAAGAAAAAACACUUUUAAAUUAAAAUCUGCUCACUAUGUUAUUGAUAUAUUUUGCAUUAACGUGGUUGGUUGUUCUCUUUUUCUGUGUUUUAAAUAAAUAUACCGUACCUCAACUGAAUCUAUUCAAU